UUAAAGUACCUCACUCAGCCUGGAAGACACUGGAUGGAAAGGGUAUUUUGGCUGGCUGUAUGCAGCGUCUCUGUUUAUGGCUGCUACUGCGUGUGUAAAGCAACCAUGGAAGCAUUCCAGCAACGUUCUGUGAGCUUCGUUCCAGAAACAACUUAUCUGGGCUGGAAUACGGGGUUUCCAGCGGUCACUGUUUGCGAGAAAUAUAACAGACACAAGAUAUGGGAACUGGCAGAGAGAACAUACCCGAACGCAGACACUUCAACUCUAAGUAACUUGGCCAUGUACCUCGGAGACAUGAUCUACUAUAAGGGCAAAUGCAAUAAUUGUAAUAAACAUUGCAGCGGCUCUACAAAAUGUCCUGGGGACAUUUUACAACUGGCUAAGAAGGUUUUCACGAACUGCUCGUCUUUGCUAGGAAAUUGUUACUGGAAUAGCGUCCAGUUCGACUGUUGCGAAAAUUUCUAUCCCGAACUUACACCUUAUGGAAUUUGUUAUACCAUUAACUCACUACAAACAACGAAGAAAAAUGUCGCUUAUCACAAAACAGUAGAUUUGAUAUCGAACAAACUCACCGGUCCUGGAAGACUAGAAUUUAAUACUUUUGAAGACUCUGAGUUGCACGUCCACUCACCAGAAGACGCCUUUCAUUUUGGACACCAGGUAGAACCUGAUUUGGAAAGCAAAGAUCGGGGAAACUCCUACACUAUAUAUUUUCGUAUAAUGGAAAUAGCUAAUGACGUCAGCCUCGCAGGUCUAGGGGUGUCCCAGAGGGGUUGCUUGCUGCCUUUCGAGAAUCCGCUGACCACGUACAAAUUUUAUAGCUCGUCGGCUUGUAUCACGGAGUGUCAGGCGAUGGCUCAGCUGAAAUUAUGUGGUUGCGUUCAUCAAUAUACGCAAGUAAAAGGUCCAGGAAGAACAUGCGACCUCGAAGGAAUUUUGUGCAUUCAUAGAUAUUCAGAAGCACUGUACGAAAUAACAGCUACUGGAUUGCCCGAGUUGAAUGUAACUUGCAACUGUAUCACUCCGAGCUGUUCAGAACCGGAGUACACGUUCAUAACAACCGUCCCUGUGGAACUGAAUAACAACGCAUGGAGCCACUACACACUGCAGAUGCUGUCACUGCCAUCUGUCCGAUACAGGAGAAAUGUUGUACGAAGCAAACUGGACUUAGUGGUCUCUAUUGGAGGUGCAGUGGGCCUCUUCCUCGGUGCAAGCCUUAUCAGCGCAGUAGAACUGAUCAUGUACUUGUGUGUACGAAGAACACCAAGGAACGCGUGA